CCGAAAUUUUGGUUGGUUAGAUGAAUUAAUGUCGAUCGUGGAAUCGGUAUUAAUGUUUUACAUAGCAAUACCAGUAGCAUCAGCAUUAGGAAAAAUCUUGUUACAAACAACUCCUAGCGCAGCAUCGAAAAGUUUAGAUGAUUGUUUGCGUGAGAUUCUACUUCAUCCAACAAUUCUUUCAUUGAAUGCUACACAUUUCUGGCAAAACUCGUAUGGACAAUUAGUUGGAACACUUCAUGUGCAUGUAAAUCCAGAUGUUAAUGAACAAACUGUUUUGGCAUUUGUAUAUUCUAGGUUAAGUCCACUAUUUGUAAAUAGUAAUGGUAAUGGGGAAUUGACAGUGCAGAUUGUAAAGUAA